AUUUGUGGAUGCUUAAAAUAAACUACGAAAUCUCUCUAAUUCCUUCUAAUUUCUCAACUUUCUCAAAUUCUUUAAAAUUAAUUUCUAAUUGAAUAUACAUGAAAUAUUAUAAACCUAUUGAAAAUUCUAAUUAAAUACACCUUAAAUUUAAAAAAAAAUCACUUAAAAUCCUAAUUAAAUAUCCCUAAAUUCAUUAAAAAAAUUAAAAACCCACGUAAUCUCAAUUAAAUACAUCUCCUUACUUUACCUCACCGCCACGGCCCACGGCACACAAAAGGUGUCUGUGGCAGCCGGUGCCAAUAAAAUUCCUGCGUUCCUUAUUAUAUAGAAAAACAAUUAAAAACUAAAUAAAGUGUGUUUGGGAGUUGAGAGAGAGAACGUGAAAGAAGCAAGCGGCUGGGGAUGAUGAGGAGGCGGAGUCGGAGUCGGAGUCGGAGCAGGAGAGAAGAAGGGGAAGUAAAAGAUCCAUGACUCGCUUAAAUACACACACGGAACGGGAAGAGAAAGAGAAGCAAAAAUGGGGAAGGGUCCCUUCUCUUUCAAGCGCAGCAGCAGCAUCCGCCGCCGCCCCCCCAAGAAGUUCAUUGGCCCUCCCCCUUCCCCUUUUCCCUCGCCGCCGCAGCCGUUUCGAUCUCCUCCCCUCUCCAAUGUCCAUAUCAACAGUACCAAUACCAACAACAAUAAUAAUAAUCUGAACGCGGUUGUUGCUGGCGGCGGUGGCGUGAAGGGGAAGAAGAAGGCCGGAGGAGCCAGGCUUUGGAUGCGGUUUGACCGCUUUGGCGGAUCAGAGCUCGUCGAGUGUGACAAGAAUGCUAUUAUUCGACGCGCCGCCAUUCCCGCCCGGGACUUGAGGAUUCUUGGCCCUGUCUUCUCCCAUUCCUCCAGCAUCCUUGCUAGGGAGAAGGCCAUGGUGGUUAAUUUAGAGUUUAUAAAGGCUAUAGUUACAGCGGAAGAGGUUUUGUUGCUUGAUCCUCUUCGGCAGGAGGUUCUUCCGUUUGCGGAUCAGCUAAGGCAACAACUUCCUCAGAAAAGGCAAUCCAGGAUAGAAGAAGCAAGUCCACUUGAUGAACUAGCUAGUGGAAUGAUUGUUUCGAGCGGAAAGCAAUGGUUACCUGUUCCUGAAGCCGUUGAAGGUGUGCAGUGUGAUCUCCCAUUUGAGUUUCAGGUUCUGGAGAUUGCAUUAGAAGUUGUCUGUACAUACUUGAAUUCUAGUGUGGCAGACCUUGAGAGAGAAGCCUACCCUGUUUUAGAUGAACUGGCUAGAAAUGUUAGCACCAAGAACCUUGAACUUGUGAGGAGUUUGAAAAGCAUUCUUACGCGUUUGCUUGGACGUGUACAGAAGGUGAGGGAUGAACUCGAACAUUUGUUGGAUGACAAUGAAGAUAUGGCACAUUUAUAUUUAACAAGGAAAUGGAUGCAGAAUCAACAGCCUGAGGCUUUGUUGGGGCGUUCUGCUUCAAAUAGCAUAUCCGCACCCUAUUUACGUCGGCUUAGUUCUAACAGAAGUGGGAGCUUGGUAAACGGUAACAAUAUGGAUUACGAUGACGUAGAAGAUCUAGAGAUGCUGCUUGAGGCAUAUUUUAUGCAACUGGACGGAACCCGUAACAAAAUAUUAUCUGUGCGGGAGUAUAUUGAUGACACGGAGGAUUAUGUCAAUAUACAACUUGAUAACCAACGAAACGAACUCAUUCAGCUCCAGUUGACAUUGACCAUUGCAUCAUUUGCGAUAGCAGUGGAGACCUUGAUAUCUGGUAUAUUUGGUGGAAGAAGCUGCUUGAUACAUGAGUCGAGCCUGUCAUCUGUUGUAGAUAGUACUCAGAUUCGCAAACUUAUUUACGAACCCUUAACCAGUGGCUUUGUAAGUAAGCUUGUGUUUACAUGUUGUAUGAGCACAAGGAGUUUUUUUACGGAUUUCAGGACUUCGUAUGCUGCCAGAUUCAUUUCGAAUUACACGGCAUGUAGGUUAGUAUAGUGUUGUACAUGUUAAACAGAUGAAUCAGUUUUCUUGGCUCAAAAUUAACGUCAUUUCGGUGAUGGUUUCCUUA